CAGGCACUACUCCUAACAAGUCAAUUAUGUUCUUCUACCAAAUGAAACAUACUUGGUUUAAAAUCUAAGCACAUUGAGAGAUACCGUUGCUCUUGUUUUAUCUUCAAUCAGAUCGCUGGUUGGCUUAUAUCUGACUCCAUUUGAGGGACAUAACUUUUGGUCAGAAAUCUUAUUCUUGUACUCUGACAGAAGUCACCAGAUCUUCAUAACUGGUAGUACUUGAUGCCAAUCUUCUUACAUAUGCUUGCCAAAUUAUCAUCAAUUGGCCCAAAUAAUCCAUGCAACAUCAUGUGCUCCUUAUAUGUUGUUUUUCCCACUGAAGUUAUCAAAGACUAGUGUAAAUAAAUAAUGCUUAUUUUGCAGGGCUUGUUUGCUACAACAGACACUAUGAUAGUUGCAAGCAAGAAUCCAGACUCCCCCUUUCUCUUUACACUUUCCCUUUUCCAAUUGUGUUGUGCUAGGUAUCAAGAGCAAGGUUGACAAAGAGAUCGAUCAAACCAAAAGAAAAAAAUGGCAACAGGCUUGCAAGUGUUUGGCCAGCCAGCAUCUACCGAUGUUGCCAGGGUUCUAACAUGCCUCUUUGAGAAGAAUUUGGAGUUUGAUCUCGUCCGCAUUGAUACAUUCAAGAAACAGCACAAGCUUCCUGAAUUCAUCAAGCUGCGGGAUCCGAGUGGGCAAGUGACAUUCAAGCAUGGCGACAAGACUCUUGUCGACCCAAGGGCUAUUUGCCGGUACCUCUGUACCCAGUUCCCAAAUCAGGGAAACAAGAGCCUCUAUGGAACUGGUUCUCUGGAACGUGCGUCGAUAGAACAGUGGCUGCAAGCAGAGGCUCAAAACUUCAACCCUCCCAGCUCUGCCCUUGUCUUUCAGCUGGCAUUUGCUCCUUACUUGAACAUUCCUCAAGACUAUGCAGCUAUUGCCGAGAAUGAGAGGAAACUCCAGCAAGUCCUCAAUGUUUACGAUGAGAUACUCUCAAAGAAUGAGUACCUGGCUGGCGAUGAAUUUACCCUGGCUGACCUUUCUCACCUUCCAGACUCACAGUACAUCGUGGAUUCUGAUCGGGGGAGGAAGCUCUUCACUUCCAGGAAGAAUGUGGCGAGGUGGUUCGACACAAUCUCGAGGCGCAAGGCGUGGGCGCAGGUAGUCAAGAUGCAGCUGGAGCAUCCUGGUGCGUUCGAGUAAUGCCUGGGCUGUUGCGAGCAAGUGUUGGGUUCAUCUUGAAGAGCUCCAUCGUUCAUCGACCUGGCUUCUACUGUGCUGUGUUCUUUCGUUAUCGUUGUAACUUGUGUUGUCCUCAUUUGUCAAAUCCCUUACAUAUAUUGGCUUGUGAACCAAAAUAAUACGAGGCCUAUUUGUGAUA